AUGCCGCACGAAGACAUGCCUGGUGACCCCCGGGUAAACUAUCGUACCGCUGCUAUGGACGCAGCUGAAGAUGAGGACCGGGAGGAGCUCACGCCUGCAGUGGACGCUGUGAUAUUGAGGAUGCUAGCAAGGAUCAAGAAGAAGAAUCCCGCCAUCUACAACACCGAGAAUAUUAUCUUUGAAGGAGCGCACCGCCGUUCAUGCCCCCCAGGUGCAAACGCGAAAAAAAGCAAGGAUAAAACGAAACCUCUUACUUUCUGCCAAGCAACUCUCGCAUCCGCUCUCGAAGCCAACAUAUCCCGUUCGCCCACUCCAGAACCACACAUACCCACACACACUGAGGAACAGCGUUGGCUGCGUGAUGAAACCCGUGCCGCAUUCCACACUGCCGUCGAUGAGAGUGAUGAUGACAGAUUGCUUGUCCCACGAGAGAAAACCAAGGGUGAACUUGAGCAUGAAGAAGAGGAAUACAGAGAAUACCUAAAGCAUGCUUGGCGGGGAUCUUGA